AUGCUGGUAGAUCGCCAGUCGUCUCAGGCCGCUCCUGCCAGUACGUCAUCAAUUGACGGCCUCAGCAACAGUAUCUCGGAGUUUUCCUAUGAUCCGGAGAACGGCGUAACGUUCGAGUCCUGGUAUCGUCGUUACGAAGACCUGUUCCGAGUCGAUCUCGCGUCCCAGGAUGACGCAUGGAAAGUCAGACUCCUUACCCGCAAACUGGGCCCAGCUGAAUUGAAGAGAUACACCGACACGAUCCUCCCAAAGUCCUCGAUCGACUUUACUUUUGGAGAAAAUAUUCAAAAUCGCAAGAGUAGGUUUGCAGAACACACCUCCUUAUUCAGUACCCGGUACCAAUGCCUCAAACUCGCAAUAGGAGAGUUUGACGACUUCCUUGAUCAUCUGGCAGUGGUCAAUCUAGAGUGCGAGAAAAGUCAAUUCAAAUCAAUGGCUGAUGACCAGCUCAAAAUUCAUUCUCAUAUGCAGCCUUCAAAUCCCUAA